GGCGACACUGUGAGAUGGAGCCCAGAUGGACAGUUGUAUUUCAUCGGGAGGAUGAACGCGGGUCGAGCCAAGAUCCGCGGGCAGCGACUGGAACUUCCAGCCAUUCACCGAGCCGACUUGGCUAGUGCUGUCGCUGCCGCGCCAAUUCACCCUCAGAGUCUCAUACCACCUCGUCACGGCGCUGCGCGAAAUCCUUCUAUCGUUCAUGACCCCCCACCUUGUAUGCUGAAUUCUAACCCUUUCUCUCACGCCCAACGGCAAAGUGGAUCGCUCCCAGCUUCGAGUCUGUGCUGCCACUGA